UGUCGGUUGUUCUUGUCCUCCAGGACCCAGGUUCGCGAGUUAGUGAUUUUUUCAUUAUUCGAUUAAUGGAGAAGAUGGGUAAAAUCGAAACUGAAGUAGAAGAACUGUUUGAUCAGAAGAAGCGCGUCAAGAACCCUUUCGUGCCUAUAGGUGCAAUUUUAACUGCAGGGGUGCUAACAGCCGGCUUGAUCAGUUUCAGACAAGGAAAUUCUCUCUUGGGUCAGAAGCUAAUGAGAGAUCGUGUUGUUGUCCAAGGAGCCACAGUUGCCUUGAUGGUUGCACUGCUUACUAUUACUGGGAGAAAUUUUAAUUAUUUUCUGGAGAUGGAUCUAUAUGUGUAAACUGCUUCUCACUGUAGUUUUUAUUCUCUCUACUUUCCAUUAUGGUUGAUUUUUUAAUACCAUAGGGAAUCAUUCACCUUCUUUAUUGAGAAAAGAUGCUUCUGUAUGAAAACUCUUGGUACGAGUGUCACAAUGUAUCUUAAAGAAGCAGACAUUGUUUCCACGGUGAGGCUCAAUACCUCAACCUUUUGAUUUUUUGAAAAUAAAAUCUCAUUAAUUUGUUGGAA